CAAUAUUGACCCAUCUCUUUCUUCAUAGGGCCAGCAUGUUAAACCCUAUCACUUAAGAGUGAUGACCACAGCACUCCAACACAUUGAAUCAAGAGCUCUCUACAUGAUAACAACACUGAAUAUUCCAGAUACUAUUGAGAAAGCAGACAGGCCAUUGAGUUGUGAAGAAAUUAAAACAAUCAUUGAUGAAGAGAUGGGUUAUGAUCCUUUAGACACGUCAUACUUGUGUCGUAUAUUACAUGCUGCAGCUCAUUUUGAGCUCCUCUCAGAAGAGACCAGUGAUGACAAGUACAGUCUAACCCCCAUCAGUGAGUACCUCACUGCUAACCAUCCUAAGAGUCUUAAGGGAUUCGUUAAAUUAUACUCAAGUACUUAAGAAUAAUUAAAUAUUAAUUAGUAAUAAGCUCUAUU